CUUCGAGUUCAAUGAUUGGCCUCGGUCAAGCUCUCCCUGGCCAUCCCCCACCUAGUUCGUGCAUCCAAAGCAUGUGCUGGUAAUGCUUCUGAUUGGACUGUACGUCCCGGUUGAUGGGAGGCUCCGGAGUCAUGGAGCUCCAAGUUCCACUACAACCUGAACUUCCUGCGAUUACCGGCAAGUUCUAACCCGGGGCUAUAACGCACCUACAACGUCAAAGAGGCUUUUAAUCUUCGAAACUGCAACUACUUGAUAGACCUUGCUCACCGACUCGCCGUAUUCGCUAAAUUUCUUGCCCUUGGACGCAAUCAGCAUGAGUUACCACGCCGAGGACUUGGUAAAGCUGCAGCAGUAUUCCGCUUGUGAUAUCUCAGACGCACUCCUCAAGUUAAAGGUUCCCGGCGCCGGCUUUGUUGCCGAUCUGAACCUAUACAGCUCUCCUGAAGGUGAUGCAACAUCGGUUACGGUUGCGCCAGUUUCAACAGUUCUCUUCGCCUCCAAAGGACAGGAUCUUCCAGAUAUACAAAAGAACAUCCCUGAGGGAACCCAUUGGGUCGAUCUGACAGAAGCAGGAACCAUUGUGGUUCUCAAGCAGCCCGAUGGUCAAAAGAAUGCCGUUUGUGGUGGGAUUAUGGCAGUUCGCAUGAAAGUGUGCCAAGCCAAGGGCAUCGUUGUAGCUGGGCGAGCCAGAGAUAUAGUGGAACUAAAGAGUACCUCCUUACCGAUUUGGGCUCGAGGGUUGUCCACUGUCGGAGUCGGUGGAGGGAGCGUGCCCUGGGCGAUCCAGGUACCUCUCGACAUUGAUGGAACCCUCGUCUCUCCUGGUGACCUUGCAUUUAGCGAUCCAAUCAACGGGGUGGUGGUCAUUCCUCAGAACAAGGUUUCUGAGGUCUUCAAAUUGCUGCCCAAGCUGACAGCCGCUGAUGACAAGGUUGAGGAAGAUGUUCUCAAAGGCGCAACGGUUUUUGAGUCCUUCAAGCUUCAUCGAAGUAAUCUUUGAAGAAGCUCCGUCAUAGGGGAUGAAAAAUGCAAGACUACUACAUACGGCCAAAGUUUCCAAGAAAGUAAGGACACAACAUACGGUGGCUGGCUGAUCCUGAACGUCACAUAAGCUGUACAUCACGGGACCACGUGAGAUCUACAAGGAGUUUGUAUCAAGUAACCCGAAGC